AUGGCAUCGAAUUCUCAUAGAAAACAAUCUUCGAAAACAAAUGAAGAUUAUUAUGAUAUUCUUGGAGUUAAUCAACGAGCAACAGAUGAAGAAAUUAAACAAGCCUAUCGAAAAUUAGCAUUACGACUUCAUCCGGAUAAAAACUCUGAUCCACAAGCAACUGCUCAAUUUCAAGUUGUUGCAAAAGCUUAUAAAGUACUUGGAAAUCCAAGAUCAAGAGCAACUUAUGAUCUAUUAGGUUCACAAGCUGCUGGAAUGAUUGAUCAGUAUGAUGAUUAUCCUGAGACACUUCGAGAAUUAUCAACAUGUAAAAAAGUUCUAUAUGGAUUCAUCUUUGUUCUUACAGGUUGUUGCUUUGGUUUUGGUUGUGGUUGUCUUUGUUGUUGCUGUUGUUGUUGUGGAUUUUGUUGUAAUAAUUGCUGUGGAAAAUAUAAAAAUGCUACUGUAUCCAAUGAAUCGGUUAGUUAA